UUGUAUCAUCGUUCCACGGUUGGUCUACGUUGGGUCUUUUGACUUUUGUCAUGGCAAGACUUUUGUUGCUUCACAGAGAGUUCCUUCGCCGUUUCACUGUGGUGUAUUGUCAGGGUCUUUCGUUGGUUUAGAUAA